UUCCGGCCGGGGCGGAGGAAGCGCCGCUGCGGGCUGCCGGCGGAGGGAGGCGGCUCUCGGGCGGAGGCGGCAGGCGCAGGAUGGCGGUGGUGGCGGGCGGGAGCGCGGCCCUCACGGUCACCGUCACCUACGGUAGUGAAAAGCAUAAUCUUCAGAUUGCUUCCCAAGAAGAAGACAGCCAGCCAACAGUACGCGACAUGGCCCUCUUAAUUGAGCAAGUAACUGGAGUUCCGCUUUCUUUUCAGAAACUGAUAUAUAAAGGAAAAUCCUUGAAAGAAAUGGAACAGCCAUUGUCAACAUUUGGAGUGAAAAACGGCUGUAAAGUUAUGCUGAUUGGAAAAAGGAACAGUCCUGAAGAAGAGACUGAGUUAAAGAAAUUGAAAGAGUUGGAAAAAUCAGUGGAGCAGAUGGCCAAAAAAAUAGAGGAAGUUAAUAAAGAACUUGGAGGUAUUCAGAAAGGUUUUUUAGCCAAGAAUCUUCAAACUGAAGCUCUUAACCAGCUGGACAAGCGAAUCAAGGGGACUGCUGAGCAGUUUAUGAAGAUUCUGGAACAGAUAGAUGCCAUUGCUCUCCCAGACAACUUCAGUGACUGCAAACAGAAGAAGAAGGGGCUAGUGAAGAAGGUUCAGGGUUUUCUUGCCCAGUGUGAUACAGUGGAAGGCAGCAUUGGUCAAGAAAUGGAUAAGCUACAGUCGAAGAACAUGUCUCUGGCAGAAUGAGGCAUUCCUUUAAGUCACUAGAAGAAAUAAUUGCUCUGUGAGCAAGAAGAAGAGUUUGCUCUUGAUUUUGGAGCACCUGUGUUAGUGUUCAAAAUUUUAUUUUAUGCGGAGUCCAGUAAAAUUAUCGCAUGUUGGUCAUUGCUCGCUGUUUGGUGUUUACUCCUUAAAGCUCUUCUUUCCACAAAAA